AUGGCUUUCAACUCACCGAUUUUCAAUCCUCAGCAGAUCAAUAUCCUAAGUAACAGGAUCGAGGUCCUCAAAGCUGAGCUCUGUCACUCGCACUCUCUCCUCGAGCGCUAUGUCAGGCAACUUGCAAGGAUGCACACCCACGGUCUUAAUGCAGUUUAUGUCCCAGUUGCCGGCGAUAUCAUCAAUAUCAGCAACGAGGAACUUACUGCUCGAAUUUCAGCGCUUACAUUCAGGAUUGUGAAGAGAAAAAGAUUGACUAACAGCUUGGAAAUGAGACUUGGGCUGCUCCUGGAGGCGAAUAGAUGGGUUUGGCUUCUUUAG